AUGGCAGCGACGCCAAAAGUCCUCGUCAUCGCCGGAUCGGACAGUUCGGGCGGCGCCGGAUUAGAAGCAGACCAAAGAACCCUAGCAGCCCACCAAGUCUACGCCUUCACAGCCACCACGGCCCUCACAGCCCAGAACACCAAUGGUGUCAGGGAUGUGUUCGUGACGCCGCCGGAAUUUGUGGAGAAGCAGAUAAGGGCUGUCUUGGAGGAUGGGUUUCUGGAGCAAGAGGAUCAUGGGGGCUGCGGGGGCGUUGUUAAGAUCGGAAUGCUAGCAUCUACAGACACCAUCACGAGCGUUGCCAAGGUGCUGGACGAGUUCGAGGACGGCCAUGGUCCCGGGCUGAGAAUCAAGAUUGUGCUUGAUCCGGUCAUGGUCUCAACGUCCGGUCAUCAACUCCUCCCAGGUGACGCAGUUUCCAACCUCCGACGAAGACUUCUUCCUGUCACAUACAUCCUCACACCUAACAUUCCAGAGGCACUGCUACUACUCCGAGAUGCACAUCCAGACCAGCAGUUCCGCUCGCCCACCAAUCUUGACGACCUGAAAGAGCUGGCCAGGGCUGUUCGGGCACUGGGUCCUCAACACGUACUGCUCAAAGGCGGCCACAUGCCUCUGAACAAGGCAUACGAGAAAGCGAAGACCGACGAUGAGAAAGCAGUCACGGUUGACAUCCUCUACCCAGCAAAGUACAGCCACAACGGCGACACGCCAUCAAUUACGUCUCCCACGCAAUCCGCCUAUCCUCCUACCCCAACUUCUCAAUCUCCCACACCGGCGCCCACGGCCCCGUCAACCACUUCCACAGCCUCGGCGUCGCCGCCUUCCCACCCCUGCCCUCCAACGUUCACCAAACCCACAACCCUCUCCUCAGCAGGCCCCUUCGAAACCUACCUCCUCUCCCACCCCUCCAUCACCCCACUCUGGCGCAAAUUCACCCAAACGCACCCCUUCACCACCGCCCUCGCCACCAAUACCCUCCCCCUCACCACCUUCAAACACUACCUCAUCCAAGACUACCUCUACCUAACCCACUUCGCCCGCACCUACGCCCUCGCGGCCUACAAAGCCAAAUCCAUCACCUCCAUCACCGCCAACGCCGCCAUAAUCCAGCACAUCCACACCGAAAUGUCGCUGCAUUUGUCCUACUGCGCUGAGGAGUUUGGGAUUAGUAGGGAGGAGAUCGAGGGGACGAGGGAGAGUAGUGCGUGUCAGGCUUAUGCGAGGUAUAUUCUUGACGUGGGCGCCGCAGGCGACCUUCUUACCUUAUAUACGGCGUUGGCGCCGUGUUUGUUGGGGUAUCAUGCUGUUGCGCAAAGGUUGUAUGCUGAUGCGAAGAGUGUGAGGGAGGGGAAUAGAUAUUGGAAGUGGGUGGAGAACUAUGUCGCGGGGGACUACACAGAGGCGGUCGGCCGCGGGCGAGCAGUACUAGAGGAAGAAGCAAGGAGGUGCGGGGCGGCCUUUGCGGCCGGGAAGGGUGGGAAGUUGGAUGAGCUGGUCGAGGUCUUCCGCGAGGCGACAAGGUUGGAGAUUGGGUUUUGGGAGGAAGGGGCGCAUUUGCCUGAGGAGGAACCUUGA